AUGGCUUUCCUUGCGUCGGUCAACGACACGAAGGUGCUCAUCGCGUGCUCGGCGAUCCUCACGGUCAAGUUCUACAUCUCGACGAUGAUCCAGGGCGGGAAGCGCUUUGCGGCUGGCACGCGCCCGCCGGAGGACCAGAUCCUGACCAACUUGAACCCGAAGAACCAAAAGCAAAGCUUUGGCGUGCGUCAAGAAACCGAAGCCAAGACGGACGAUGACAGCGAGACGAAGAAACCGCUGAAUCUGACGCCGUCGGACCGCGCCAUCGAAGCCGACCUUCGCUGGGAGCGCCUCGUGCGCAACGACCUCGAGAACAUCCCGAUCGGCCUUCUCUCGGCGUGGGCUGCCGUCAACUCGGGUGGUAACCCUCUCGUGAACAGCGCGGCGAUCGUCAUUUUCACUGUCGGCCGCAUCGCGCACACGUUUGCUUACGCGAAGAGCCUCCAGCCCCACCGUGCGUACGCGUGGAUGGCCGGCGUCUUUGGCACGCUCGUACUCGUUGGCAACAGCAUCGCUGGCAUCGCGCUGCAUUAA